UUAUAGGAAUCGUUGUCAAAGUGACUAGGUCCUAGUAGGUAUUUCCGUGGAUCUGCCGUCCUUCACCGCCUUUCACGGAGAGUGAGAUCUUGCUUCAUUACAGAGGUACAGCAUAUUUCUCGCUAAGCUCUCCAAUCACCAAUCGCUGGACUAAAGUCAGUAAAUUUCCUGAUGAGUCCACACUCCAAAGUUCUUCUCCAUUGAUACAUUCACCACUUUUGUUGACCACUUUGCUUUCCCGGUAUCCAUCAUGUCUAUCCCACCUCAAGACCCUACCAGAACUCCAUAUCAACAACCAAACCCACAACAUCAUAUAUUCCCAGGUCAACAAAAUCUUGGUCAGCAAAAUAUUGUUUAUCCAAGACCAACAUCAACUGGUAUUCGUGGUCCACCAAUUCAACAACACAAUUCUCCAUACACCACCCCAUACGCCAAUAAGCAACCAGUUCCACCAAGACAAAAUGGCAACAAUGGAGUAUCUGCAGAACAACAAAUUGCUCAAGGCAUUUUGAGUAAUACCACUAAUGGUCAGACUCCUCAACGGCAGCCUCAGAGACAAAAUGGACCCCCGCCUAUGGGUGCAGCAAUUCAUAUUGCCCCUCAACAUACCCCACAAAAUCAAUCCAUGACUGUCAAUCAUGCUGUUCAUCCAACUCCCCCAUCCGCCAUGAAUCAAGCUCGAGAGUUUGGCACUCAGCAACGACAGUCACAAUCCCCGGCGUUGCAAGGACAAAGUCUUGGCAUUCAACGACCCCCCUCCAUGAACCCCUCUCCCGCUAAUUCGAACCUCGGAUCUGCAAGGCCGCAAGAUUCACCGGCAAGCUCCGCUCAGGAUAUGUCCAUGAUUGAUCCUCAACUUUCACUCGAGCAACAAUUAGAUGCUGGCAGUUCCCUUCUUUCUCCCGCGGAUGAACACGAUCAAACUGAAGCUCCGGAAGUGUCUCCUGAUGAUAUGCUUAGUGCUCCACCCGGGGGUAGUUACCCAACUUUCGAGGCCCUCUUUGCAGCGGCACAAGCACAUGCUUUGACACAUGGCUACGCAUUUGUGAUUGGCAGAUCUAAACGUGAUAAUAGAGGCCUAAAGAAAGUUUUCCUAAUUUGUGAUCGCGGUGGAACCAACAAGGAGAAGGUACCAGGUGAACAGCGGCAACGUAAAACAAAGUCCCGCAAAUGUGGUUGCGAAUUUGGUGUCUUUGGUCUCGAAAAUAAGACUGCUUGGCUUUUACGGGGUCGGAUUGAUGGAGAACACCUCACACAUAAUCAUCCCCCGAGCGAUAGUCCCACUGAACAUCCAGGAGCUAGAAAGUUAGAUCCUAAAGCAAUUGCCGCUGUAAAGGCUCUUGAGGAAAAUGGUAAAUCAAUCCUAUUCGCAGAUGUCUAUGAACAUUUUUCUAAUACAUGACCUAGGUGUAUCUGUAAAAGAGACCCUCGAAAUUCUCCACCGGGAAAAUCCCACCAUUCGCUUCCUUCCCCGCGAUAUUUACAAUGCUCGAGCCGCCAUCAAGCGAGACCCAUCUCGUGUAGAACCUACAGCUAUGGAGUCUCUCCCCACCUUCUACAAAAAGCCUCCCAUGACAUUUGAAGAGAAGCUCCGCGCCGAACUUCGAACUGAGGUAGCCAACGCCCAAGCAGAAGUGGAGAAAGUCAAGGCCGAUUGGAAGAGAGAAGUAGAAGAUCUAAAGGAACAAUUAAGACAGAAAGAUGUUGUGAUUCACAAGUUUGAGCAGUUUAUCGAUAUUUGUAAUGAGCGGGUAAUGAUUCGAAGAGAUGAUUUAUUCAAUGCCCCUCCUGAGGCUGAGCCAAGUGCAAAUGCUAUGGGCAAUGCUAUGGGUAAUUCUAUGGGCUAAAUUGAGGCGGUUUCUAUCUAUUGAUUAGAUAAACCUAUUGGUGGCUGGAUUACGGAUGAAAUUUUAUGAAUUGGGGAUUACAGGAAUGUAUUUUUGAGUCAAUGGAGUUUCACCUAGUUCACUCCUUUUCAAGGGUAGAAUCCUUGUGGGCUUCCAGGUUCGGUUGGUUCGGGUGGGCUAGCACUACGGUUACUUGGUGUUUGGGAUGGAUGGAGGGACAGACUUUUGCAUGUUUCCAAUAUGGCUUGUUAUAAUGGAUGGGGCUGUUCUUUUGGAGUUUGGGCAAAUCAAUAUGAGAUAAGACGUAUUGUACAUCUUCAUACAGGAGACGGUCUCUGGGAGAGGGUCUUUGGGAUGGGUAUAGCAGAUAGGAAUCCGGAUACAUACAUGCAUUCGUUAUCCGUCUUAUAAAUCAUAUAAUUUAGAAGCUUGCUGGCUUUCGUUGAACAGGAUGAGAGAUGGAGAGGGUGAAGGAGAUGAAAAGGUCUGUAUGUAAACACUUGCUGGAAUACAAUGUCUUACUGGUUUUUCCGAUCUAGAUAGAGCUAUCGAUGA